AUUCACUCUAAAUUAAAAUUAUAUGCCUUUAAUUAAUUGGACCUACAUGAAUUCAUUUCAAAAUUGAAAUGAAACAUAAAAUUUUAAUUUAAUGAAAAAUUGAUUUUUAGAUUAAAAGGAAAAAAAAAAAAAAAAGACGCCAAAUCUGAUUAACCUGACAUGAGUUGAUUACCCUGUAGCCGCACUUAUGAUAUCAUAUCCCAAAUUGGCGGGAAGAAAUGUCCCCAAGACUUGGCGGGAAAACGCACAUUUACCUAACGCAGACGGCAGCCAUACCAUUUCGGUGAGGCGUGUAUGUGUGUGUGUGUGUGAGAGACAGAGAGGGAGAGAUGGUUGGAUUACCGUACGAUUGCUUAGCGAACCCUCUAGGAGCCGUACGAUUGACAUUCGAGAAGGCGGUGGCCUCAGGCUCCGAUCCAGCCACCUUCGACGGCAGAGACUGGGGCGUCACCGAUCUCUUCCGCGAGUUCCUUGUUGACAACGGUGCCCUCUCUCAGGUGCCAAUACUUAAUCGGACAAAUAUCCAGUGGGUUCAACCCAACACUCUAGUUCGAUUCCGAGGCAUGAUACAAGACAUGCUGGGUAAUGAAUUCUAUGUUGGUGCCUAUAAGGAUGGAGCAAUGUGGAGAACCAACAAGUUUACCGAUGUUUCUCAGUUUUCCAUGUCUUCAUCAUCUGAUAAGCGGGUCUGGGAACGGCGUCUACUAUACUGUGUUCCUGUUCCAGGGCAGAAUUUGUGGGCUGAAUCUUCUGAAGUAGUUGUUAUCAACCAAUUUACAAAUCAAACAACCCAACAAAGGGAGAAGCGUCAGAGGGAGAAUGAUACAGCUAUUGAUGGCAUGGAUCUGCAAGUCUCAUAUGACGAGCUUCAGGGUUCUCCAUGUACUAAGAAGAUGCGAGAAGGUGGACUCCAGUCCCAGUUAUCUCUUCAACAGGAGUCUACAACUGAGGGAACUUUUCCUAGUACUAGUAUGUUGCCCGAUUAUGACAGAAACUAUCUUCCCUGUCUUGUGAAGAUAUAUGACUCUCCAGAGUCUAACAUGAAGCUGAAUGAUGUUUUUGAGUUUGUUGGUGUCCUUACUUUUGAUCCAGAAUUUACGGUCGAAAAGGAUGAUCUUGAUUAUUUAGCAAAUAGCUUUUGUGAAGAUGCAUUAGCUCAUUUGCCUCCCAGAAAGGUACCACGCCUCCAUUGUCUUGUGCAUCGAAAGCUUGCAGUUAAUGAUUUUCUUUCUAGUUCCCCUGUGAUGGAGCCAAACUCCCAUUUGGUGAAAGAAAUAAGAGAGGCUUUGCUAGGGAAUCUCACAGCUGUUCUUGGACACGAUGGUGUGUCAGCUCAUUUCAUGCUGUUGCAUCUUUUGUCCAGGCAGGUGCACGCUAGGGUAGACACACUUGCCGUGGGGAAGCUUGCGCUAAAUCUUACUUGCUUUAGCAAGGAAAGUGUGUCUGUUUUUGGAAGCCAUCUCAACCUUUCACUCAAGAAUCUUCUACCUUUUACACAUUGUAUACCCCUUACAGUGGAUUAUCUGAACACUACUUCACUUGCCCCAAGAAAGGAUUAUGAAACGAACAGGCUGGUAUCUGGAGUUCUGCAGUUAGCUGAGGGCUCACACUUGAUGAUCGAUGAGACCCAGUUACAAGCAGGGACCCUCAGCUCUACUGGGGUUGAGAACGUGAGAUUGUUGAAGAACCUAACAGAGUCCCAAAAGGUGGAAUAUGAUUUUAAGUAUUACAAAAUGGAGAUGGAAGCAGAUGUCCAAUUACUGAUUCUUUCUGAGGGGAAAUCAAACAUCCUGCCAGCAGAUGUAGUUCUGCCUUUCCAUCCAUCAUCAGCGGGUUCGUCCGUAUCUGUGGACGCAGAAGAACUGAAAGCUUGGAGAUGGUACUUGGCUACUCUUAGAUCAUUGCCACAUUCUAUUGAACCAGAUAUGCAGAAGGUGGUAGAAGACGAUAUGGUUGCAGCUAGGCAAGCUGAUCGAAGCCUAGGCAGCCAAGAAUUUAGCAGAUUGCUGACAAUGGGCCGCUUAAUGUCGGCAAGCUUUGGCGAAACCUCUCUGUCAUUGGAACGGUGGCAAAUGGUCAAAGAGCUAGAGAGGCUCAGAAGGGAGAGGCUCCAGUGAUCUCAAGUGAUGCAACCAAUUUGUGGGGAUAAAAGGUUUACAAAUGAUGUAUAUUGUAAUUUCAUGAUAUGAUAAGGAUUCAAUUGGUUGAAUCAUUUUGUAUGCAGUGGGGGUUAUUUCUGCCAAGAAUUGUUUCGUAUUCUUAAGAAUGCUACUGUAAGAAUGGUCUUGAAUUAUAUUUAUAUUUGUUUCUACUGA